AUGUGGAGCGACUGGAGCUCACUUCCUGGACGGCUGUCAGGAAAUGACUACGAAAAUCAUAUCCGCGAAUUGCUGACCGGCUCAUGCAAGGAUCAAGGUGACAAGCGCAUGGAACAGGCAAAGCUGAGUGAGGCUCUGCAACGAAAGCUGCAGAACUUGAAGUGCGAAGCAGUUGAGAAUGCAAGAGAACAUACUGGGGAGGCUCUCUGGAAGCGAUUGUUCGGGGAGAAUGAUUUCAAUGACGGACAAACCGGCAAAGCAUCAGUGGAAAUUGUGAUGGCCGAGGACAAGGAUGUGUUGCAGUGUCUAGGAGCGGGUGCGGAGAUGUUGUUGGGAGAUGCAGCUCUCCCCACUGGUACGGUUGUGGAAGUCACAGUGCAAGGACCGUUGUUCUACGUCAAGUGUUUUCAGCUUGAAAAGUAUCUGACGAUCUGUGCGUUGCAAACGCCACCGAAAGUACCACCUGCCGCCCUGCUUGUGAUCAACCGCAAACCAAUUGAGUGCCGUGACGACUGGAUGAACGCUGUCGAAAAGUUCCCUAACCUUCAGACCUUGGCACAGCAGGGCAACUUCAGGAUUGCGUAUUGCCCACACUCGGUUCACCAUGCACAGUACCGGCAAAAGAUGGUCGAAAAGGACGAAAUCAUUGUUGAAAAGGACGAAAUCAUUGCCCAAAAGGACGCCAAAGUCUGCCUUCUCAGUGUUCUGUUGCUUUGUUUGCUUGCUUGGCAGAUUCUGCAGAAGCUGCCUGCCUACGCAGUGAAAGGCACAGACCUUUGA